AUGCCGUCUAAAGAGUCUCCAAGCUCUUCGCCUAUAGUUUACACAUCAGAUGUUGGAUUUACGACCAGAUUCAGAUCGAGAUUCUCAUCACUACAUCCAUUACCGACGACCAAUUCUUCUCCUACGGCAGUUGAUCAAAAAAAUGCUGCUUUGGAAUCUUCGUUUACAGACAGCUCAAAGUUGAAUUUGAAUAAUGCAGUCACAUGGACAAAAAUGAAGGAUGUCUGUAAUGAUAUAUACAGUCGUAACUGCCAAAUAUCUCAAGGAGAAGCGAUUUGUCUAACAAUUUCCGAUAAAUAUAUUGCCAUUGCCACAUCCAAAGGAUUCAUUUUGAUAUAUAAUGAUGCACAGAAACUUCUAUGCAAGAUUGGAUCCCGAAAAGAAACUACUGAUUACGGUAUUAUUACUUCAUUGGAGUUUUCACCUGAUUCCGAGAUGAUAGCAGCCGGAUAUCAGCGUGGUCAUAUUUCAUUAUGGAAAAUUGGCCGUCCGGAAAACCCAUCAAUUGACAUUCCGUCUGUUACUAAUGUGAAACAGGCAGAUCAGAAACCCAUACAUUUGUCUGGUAAUUCUAUUACGGGAUUGUGUUUUGUCGGUAUAAAGAACACAGAGCUUAUCAGUACUGAUGAAUCUGGUACAAUGAUUAUACAUCGUUUUAGUCACACUCUUUUUAGAAUACCGUACUCUCACUCUGACUAUUUAAUGGGGCCAAACAACCCUUUUCACAUAUCAAAAAGGACCCAACACAUUAUCCUUGGAUUUAGUCUUCUUCCCCUGGGAUCAUAUCUACAGAAAACAGACAAUAUGCGCAUACUGGCUAUUAUUACUCCUCAUACUUUGAUUGUGGUUUCGGUUGCUCCGAGACUAAGAAACUAUUUGAGAAUAAGGAAUCCUCAUCGUCCUGAGGAUGAAAAUAUAAGAAAUGAUAAUAACCAAAUUUUUGGCUCCGUUUCAUGGUAUCCGGCAACAAUCAAAAAAUCGGAAAACAAACACUAUCCACCCAUACUUGCCUACUACUGGAAUAAUACAUUGACUAUACUGGAGAUGUAUAGCGAUGACUUGGAAGGAAAUGCCGAUACGGAUUCACUUCUGCUUCGAUUUGAAAAUAAAAAGGUUUGGGUCUGUUCAGAACAGAUUGUACACAUUGAGUGGGUCAAUUCGGAUAUUUUAGUAUGCCUGACAAUUUCCCAAAGAUUGUUUUUCUUGGGCAGGGAUUCUAAACGGAUAGCUCUGUUAUCUGUAGUGGACCUUACAUCAAAGCAUAUUAAAAACAGUAAGAGGUAUCUUAAUAUGGCCGGUAUUCAAAAUAUUGACUACCAGAAUACUUUCAAGGCUAUCAAAUCCAACAUGUUUAUACUAGGCCGGAAUAGUUUUUACUUUGGUGUUUUAAACACUUGGGCUGACAUUUUGUUUGGUCAAAUAAAGGAUGGUCAUUAUAUAGAGGCUCUUGAAACAGCAUCGAAACAGUAUAAGGGAGAUUGUAACAUGGACUUAAUAAGACUUCCUAGGGACGAUGAAUUGAGACAUCAGAUAAUCUCAAAGCACAUUUCUCAGAUCUUGGAUGCAUCACUGAAUUUUCUAUUUUCUGAUGAUAUGACAAGACUACCAGAAGAGAAUAAAAAAAGUAUAGCCUCACGUUUUAUUGAUUCUGCAUUAGCUGCAUGCUCAACUAUUGAGGUUAAGCCUGAAAUUUAUGAUACAUUACUUGAAAAAUAUAUCUUCACUGAUUUGGAAGACGUUUUUUUCAAUUCUUUGGAAAGCUCCAUUUUAAACGGACAGACAGGUAACCUACCUCCUUUCACUCUUAAGCAUCUCUUUCAAUAUUAUAUUUCAACUAAUAGGGCAGACACUUUGGAGGAAAUUCUUUGCCGUAUGGAUAUCUCACAAUUGGAUGUUGAUCUAGCUAUUAGGCUAUGUAGAAAGCAUCAUUUAACAGAUACUUUAAUUUAUAUCUGGAAUGUGUUGUUUCAUGAUUACAUUAGCCCGGUAUUUGAGGCAAUCCAGAUUGCAAGACAGACCCCUUCUAACACAAGUAUUGAUUACAUUUACACAUAUAUUGCAUAUAUUCUAACUGGAAGACAAUAUCCUACAGAUAUGACAAUUUCUCCUCCAGAGCAGGCACGUUCUGCUAAACUGAACAUGUAUUACAUGCUCUUCAAUGGUGCAUCUAUAAGUUAUCCUGAUAAUUCUCCAAAGUUCCACGUUACAUCAAACGUUAAGGAAGAACCAGCCUUCCCUUACCUUCAUUUUCUGCUAAAGCAUGAUGUUGUGAAAAUGCUUCUUAGUUUGAAUGAGGCUUUUGAAGAUACUCUCUUAAAUGAUGAUGAGGUCGUUUCCAGAAAAGAUACAGGACAUCCAUACGAGUUCAGUGUCAGCAGACAGUACAUAGUCAAUGUACUUUUUGACAUGUUUAAUCAAAUCUCAAAUGAUUUCAGUUCUAAGGAUCGGACAUAUUUGUCUAUUUUUAUUGCGCAAAACUAUUCAAAAUACAAACAGUUUAUUCGCCUUUCAGAUUCAACCUUAGAUGGGAUUAUUGAGGAUCUUUGUUCAACAACAGAUUCAAGCUUGAAACAUGAAUGUGAAAUAGGUAUUCAAUCAUUGCUCUCUGUUUACAAGCCGGCAAACCGUGAUUCGUUGGUUGCUCUUCUAGAAAGUUCAAAAAUGCACAAUACUUUACUCUAUAUUUACAGGAGCGAAAACAGAUACUUACAAAUUCUAGAUAUGUGGUUUAAAUCUAUGGAGGAUACUCAGGGAAAUGUUAAUGAUGAAGAUAAUGAAGAAUAUCAACUUUCAGAGGCCAUUCCAAGUAUCAUUGAAAAAUGUCUUGCUGAAGCCGAUAGUGCCAGCAUUAGCCGAUUUCAAGUUGAAAAUCUACUUCGCGCUCACUUCGGUGUAUUAGUUCAAAAGUUUCCUGAAGACACUGCUCGUAUAAUUGCAACAAAGUGCCCUUCAUUACUUGAAUGUGCUUUGAGUCAGGAAGAUGAAUCAAUUCAACGCUUCAAAUAUUUUGGCUAUCUUUUUAAGAUGCAGUUUCAAGGGAAGCUCACGACAAAACUCUCACCGGAUUUUGUGAUUGCGUAUGCUAAGUUACUUAGAGAAUUUGAUAGAAAUUCACUAGAGGAUUUUGCUUUAAGUUUGAAUGGUUCCGAUGAAUUUUUGCUUAAAUUUUUGGAGGAGAAUCAUGAAGAUGAGAUAUUGGUUAAGCUGUAUGCACAUAAUCAUCAAUAUUCCAAAGCAGUGUCACAGGCUACUGAAACAAUUAAGAAGCGUGGACAGAAUAUGAUUGAUAGUAACAGUUACGAUGAAGUUAGUGCCCAGAUUAUGCUCAGAUUGAUAAAUAUGUGCUUUGUGAAUUUACGGAACCUUAGGAAGGUUCCUUCUUCAAAUAGUGAUGAUGGAAAACUCACUGAGAAUGAACAACUUCUAUUAGACCUGAUUGAAAUUUGUGUUAAGAUGUUCAAUACAGUAAGCACUGAAAAUAAUGGUGAGCCUAAUGACGAUCAGGUUCUGAAAUUAUUAAAGAGAAUAACUCAGAUCACCUUCACUCAGGCUCUUACUGAAAAUCAAGAUAACGCUGAUUCGUUUUUAAAUGUGUUUUACGCAUUUCUAAAUAGAUCUUCACUUAUGGUAACUACUUUAAAGGACGUCAGACCCGUUUUGAGUGAAAUAUUUUUGUCUUAUUCACAUGACAUGGUUAUACAAAAGCUGAUUCUCAGGUUGGUUAACGAUAGCAUAUAUGGUGAUCUACUAAAAAAAGAUAAAUUAAACUUGAAAGGGUGGUCUUUGAGUAAAGUUGAAUGUGAAAUAUGCGGUAAGAAGAUUUGGGGAGCUCAUAUAGAUCCUAAUAAUUUUGAGUUAUGGCAGGACCAUGUACUCGAAAAGAAUUUGGGAGAGGAGCGGGAAAAGUUGGAUAAGGAGUUGGAGGCAGAGCUUAGUAUAUGUGUUUUUCAAUGUGGACACGGGUACCAUGUUAGAUGUCUACAGGGAUUAGGCGUCAAUGACAAAAGCAGAUAUUGCAUUGUAUGUAAAAGAAACUAA